AUCCACCAUGGCGCUCAUCCAAACAAGCCUGAUCUGGGUGGCCUACGCCGUUGCCGUGGCCAUUCUCUUCGUUAUUGCAUCGACCUUUGUCUACGUCUACCAGAAGCCGCGAGACCGCGCCGCAAUCGUCACCACUGUAUGCAUCUUCACGACGCUCGCCCUGCUCGCAACUGUGCUUCUUAUCCCCGUCGACGUCGCGCUCGUUUCGUCUACUUCGAAAUCUAGUCUCGGCCGCAAGAAGGACUGGGCCACACCUGAGAAGGUUGACAGCAUCGUCUAUACCCUGCGGAUAGUCUACUACACGCUCUACUCGCUCGACGCCGUCCUCUGUCUGCUUGUCAUCCCCUUUACCUACUUCUGGUACGAGGAAUACGACGAGGAUGCGGCAGAGCAUGGAGAGCAGACAGCUGGACAGCGCAUUUGGGGUGCCUUCAAGUACACCAUUGCCUUCAUUUUCUUCGUCGUUAUUCUCUUCCUCAUUGGCUUUUUCGUCCCCUUCGCCAAGCAGGCAAAGGACGACAAACGCCUGGACUUGGACUACUUCAAGCAUCUCCUCGCAGAGAACCAUGGUGAACGCGCGCUUUCCUUCGGACUUGGUCUUCUCAUCACCGUUGGCACCAUUCUCUUCGUUCUCUACACUGGGGCUGGAAUGGCGCUGCUCCCCGUUGCUAUGAUCAAGUCUGCACCUGCCGUCUCAGCACCCACUCUGGCAGCCAACACCGCAUCGCAGCUUGAUGCCAACCGUGAGCGCCAGAGGCAGCUCGAAGGUCGCAAUGAGGGCCGCGAUGGUGGACUCGAUGCCAGGGACAGGCGCGAACUGGAGUCUCUUAUCCGCGAAGAACGCACCCUUAUUCGCCGGGAGCGCCUUGCCGCCGAGUCGAGCGGCGAGGACCGCCAUUGGAUCGUCAAGACAUGGAUCAAGAUCGAAGCAGUGUUCCGGCCCCUCAAGCUCAUCGGUGGGCUCAUCCUCCUAGUCGUUGCCCUUGUCAUCUUCGUCAGCAUGCUCAUUACUGGUAUCGACAAGGCGAAGAACUCCAUCUGCGGAGCCCAUUGUGGCUACAUUCUGGGCCACAUCAACAUCUUCCAGCCCUUGAACUGGAUCCUGGUCAAGUCUUCCAAGGUCUUUCCCAUCGACUAUGUCCUGUUCCUGCUCAUUGUGCUGUUCUUCUUUUCUGCUUCCGUCGUUGGCAUUGCCACGGCUGGUAUUCGCUUCCUCUGGGUUACAAUCUUCAAGAUUCGUAAGGGUCAUACCUCGCCUCAGGCACUGCUCAUGGCUACCGUCCUACUCACCCUCAUUGUUCUCGCCAUCAACUACUCCGUCGCUAUGGUCGUAGCACCACAAUACGCUACCUGGGGCCCACAGACCUACUGCGACCUGACCACCAAUAGCCUAGACGAGCAACCAGACUGCUCCGAGCAUAAAGAUCUCAUCAGAUCUUGCUCUGAGCUCGCUACAAACCCUUCUGCACAGAAUGUCUGCACGCCCUCCGUGUUCAGCACAUUCAUCAACCGCGUCACUAUCAACUUCCCCUUCUUUGGUGUCGUCUUGUUUUGGGCGCAGUUCGCAUUCCUUGGUGUGUAUCUGAUUGUGUUUGUGACGACACUUUUCAGAGCGCCUACUCUAAACCAAGAGGACAUUGACCGCGAUCUCGAGGAAGAGGAAGAGGAGGGUCUACUGGCGAGCACUGGACGUAGGUUUGGAGCGGCCUGGGGUGAUGUUACGGGCCGGACGAAGAAGGCUCCCGGAUAUGGGGCUACAGAGUCGAACGAGGGAGAGAGGAGUGGCGAUGGGCAGUUCUAA